AUGGUGUGGUUUGGGGGAGCAGAGCUGGAGAAGCCGCCUCUGUCAGCGAUCAUGCCGCGGCUCUACCUGGGAGAGCAGGGCGACGUCACCCAGGAGCGGCUGGCGGCUCUGGACAUCUCCCACGUCCUGAGCGUGUCUCGCUGCAGUCCUCAGCCGUCCUUUCUUCCCGCGUCACGCUUCCUCCGUGUUCCCAUUGACGACUCUCUGAGCGCAGAGCUGCUGCCGUGGAUCCCCCAGGCCCUGGCCUUCAUCGACUCGGCGCUGGCCUCCGGGGGCUCGGUCCUGGUGCACUGUGCUGCAGGGAUCUCUCGCUCACCAGCACUCACCGUGGCCUACGUCAUGCACCGGAUGCAACUGGACCUGGACCAGGCCUACAGAUUUGUCAAAGAGCGCAGACCGUCCAUCUCUCCUAACCUCAACUUCCUGGGUCAGCUGCAGCACUUCCAGACCUCUUUGAAGCUAGGGACCCCUCUGCAUGUGCUCCCCGAAGAGACAAGUCAGGCCCCCCCAGACCCGGCCCCCACGGAAAAGAACUCCCCCGUCCAGAGACUGCCACCAGCACCACACGGAUUUAACGAGAACUUAUUUCAAAACUCCAAAAACCCCAGAGCCCCGUGCUCAUCUCUACGAGACAAGCGUAAAAGUCUGACUCUCUGCCUGACCCCGCAGGACCAGGGCCCUCCCAGGGUGAGCCCGGGCCCCCCUCCCUCCAACGCCGCCCCUGUCGCCCAGUCUCCCAGCUGUCCCAGAGCAGAGGCCAAAGAGGCGCUGCUGUCACCCCUCAGCCUCACCCUGAACAGACUGCUGUCGUGGGGGGAGAGGGUUCUACUGGCGGCCCCUGUGCGCAUGGGACAGCCCGCGCUCCCGUACCGCUGCUAG